AUGUCGCGCACCCAACCGACGCACUUCACCCCAAGAUUGGUCUUCGGUUCACGAAGCUAUGCUACGAAGGGCAAAGCCAAAUCCACUGCCACUUUCGUACCAGGCUCAAAGCAACCCAUCACCGAUGAAGCUGCACGUCAGGAAUAUGACAAGGCAGAGACCGCUAUGAAAACUGCUGCAGAAUGGUUCCGUAAGGAAUGCGCUAGCUCAGAGGUGCGGGCAAGUGGACGUGUUACUCCAGCGUUGCUUUCCCCCGUUCGCGUCAAGCUUCCUUCAGCCGAGAAGGAGUUCAAGUUGGAAGAGUUGGCUACUGUUGGCGUAAGGGAUGGAACGACGUUGUUGAUUACCUUGUUUGAUGAACAUACUAUCAAACAUGUCGAGUCGGCAUUGCAUACUUGCAAGAUACCGGGGGUUGUGCCGCAUAGGUAUGACGACCGAACUAUCAAAAUUCCAAUCCCCAAGCCGACGGUGGAUGCCCGCCACGCUCUAUACGCGGCUGCUAAGCGGAAGGCGGAGGAAAUGCGUGUGCAAAUACGAAAGCAACACUCCCUCAGCGUGAAGCGUGGCAAGUUCGAGAAACACUCCGUCGAAUUGGAAGAGUUCCAGAAACUCACUGAUAGAUAUAUUGGUGAGGUGGACAAGGUUCUCGCAAACCUUCAAAAGGCGACUGGUGCACCCAAGUAGUCGUGAAUGGCGUACACGCCGUGACGACA